UAUGGUCUUCUCCUUCCCUCACAACUUUCCUUCCGCCAUUUAUAUACCCUCCAAAAAUUCCAAAAUCCAAAUAGCGCCUUCUGUUACAAGCACAAAAUUUCUUAUAACUUUACAGAAAGAGAAAACAUGGUGUUUUCCAACAUCAUUUUCUUCCCCAUCUUGUUUUUACUCUGUUCCAUCUUCUCCAUUCAUUCAACUGCACAAACACAAACUCUUGGUUUCCGAUGCACAAACACCACCACCUGCAACUCACUCGUCGACUACAGACUCCCAAACACCACCUCCAUCUCUUCCAUCCUCAAACUCUUCGGAGUCAAAAACCUCCGCUCUUUCCUCGCCGCAAACAACCUCCCAAUCACCACCCCACAAACCCAAACCUUCCCCGCCUCCCAAAUCCUCAAAAUCCCCUUCCCCUGCUUCUGCCGUAACGGCGUCGGAAUCUCCGACCACCGGCCGAUAUACACCGUGCUUCCCGAAGACGGUCUUGACCAUAUCGCCGCCGAUGUUUUUUCUAACAUCGUGACGUACCCGCAGAUCCAGUCUGUUAAUAAUAUAUCUGAUCCGAAUAAUAUAUUGGAUGGUCAGAAGCUGUGGAUUCCAUUGCCGUGUAGCUGCGAUGAGGUUGAUGGGGAGACGGUGGUGCAUUAUGGAUACAUGGUGGCCGUCGGCAACACGGCGAGUGAGAUUGCGUUACAGUUUAAUACGACGGAGAGCACGUUGUUGUAUUUGAAUGGGAUGAAUAGUUCUCUAGACUUGAUAGAUGAUACUAUUAUUGACGUUCCUCUUAUGCCUUGUUCCCGAUUUGCACAUCUAUGGUACAAAUUACAAAAUAACUCUUCUGACUACCCUUUAAUCGUCCCAAAUGGUACUUACACUCUUACGGCUAACAAUUGUGUCCAAUGCGAAUGCAAUGCUGCAAAUAGUAGGAUAUUAGAAUGCAAGCCAUCAACGAUUAUUUUGCCACAAGGGCAAACUUGUCCAUCCAUGCAAUGUGUGGGGAGCGAUUUUAAUUUGGGGGCCACCACUUUUGAUUCUAAUUGUAAGCAUUCAAGAUGUUCGUAUGCCGGUUACACAAAUCGCACCAUUUUUACUACGGUUACUCACGAGUCUACAUGUCCAAGUAGUCCAUCAGGUAAAUUGUCUUAAUAUAUACAGUCGGUUAAAACUUAAAAGAUAAAUCACAAACUGUAAAUAGACAAAUAAGUAGCAACAUUCACUUUAAUCCUAAUUUGGUCCCCAACCUUUGAAAAUUGUUAGUAAAAGCCUUCAACUUUCAGAAUCUAUACAAAAUACCAUUCAACUUUGUCAAAAUGUUACAUGUUUUUUGGUCAUAAUUUUUUUUAAGCAUAGUCGUUUUGGUAAAAAAAAAUACCGUUUAACUUUGUUUGCAUGAUAAAGCAACAUAACUUUCGUUAAAUUAUCUAUUUUGGCAUCUUACUUGCAAUUUGUCGUAUUACAAUAACCAAUUACAGACUUAUAAACAGUGGCGGACGCAGACUGUUUUAGUAGGGGUGUCCCUCGUACUUCAAGCGGGUGCACCUAAUAAAAUAAAAAUAAAAAAAAAUAAAAAAAAAA